AUGGCUCCCAAGAUCGCGAUUGUGUACUACUCCAUGUACGGCCACAUCAAGAAGAUGGCCGAUGCUGAGUUGAAGGGUAUCCAAGAGGCUGGCGGUGAUGCCAAGCUCUUCCAAGUCGCCGAGACCCUUCCUCAAGAAGUCCUCGAGAAGAUGUACGCACCUGCCAAGGACUCCUCUGUCCCCGUCCUCGACGACCCAGCCGUCCUCGAAGAAUUCGACGGCAUCCUCUUCGGUAUCCCCACCCGCUACGGCAACUUCCCCGCACAAUUCAAGACCUUCUGGGACAAGACGGGCAAGCAAUGGCAACAAGGCGCCUUCUGGGGAAAGUACGCCGGUGUCUUCGUUUCGACGGGCACCCUGGGCGGUGGCCAGGAGACAACUGCCAUUACCAGCAUGAGCACGCUUGUGCACCACGGUUUCAUCUACGUUCCCCUGGGCUACAAGACUGCGUUUAGCAUGUUGGCCAACUUGGACGAGGUCCACGGUGGAAGCCCAUGGGGUGCUGGUACCUUCUCUGCCGGCGAUGGAUCGAGGCAGCCCAGUGAGCUUGAGCUGAACAUUGCGCAGGCUCAGGAUGAUGGAGAGACUGCUGGGCGGGUUGCUGAGAACAAGACGGUAGAGAGUGGGAAUGGAGCAACGACAAACGGUAGCACUGCUGCUGCUGCUCCUACUUCUACUCCUGCUCCUGCUGCGUCUUCUUCGCAACCCCAGCAGAAGACCGAAGAGGAUAAGGAUAAAGAGGGCGGUCCGUGUGGAUUGCCUGCAAAGUGCGAUAUCAUGUAG